UCCGAUAAAGCCAAAGCUCGAGAAGAAGGGAUAAAGCUGUUGAAUACAUGGUUGGAAGGAGAGAGGUCUAUCGCCUUUUGCAAAUUUCUUGGAAAAAACACGGCAAAGCUUAACCCGAAUGACAUUCGUCAUUCUGAAACAUGGCCUUUUCUUAUCACUAUGCUAAUUCAAUGUGUUUCAUUGGAGAUAUCUUCGAGCAAGCGGCGAUUGCCAAAGUUGAUAUUCGCAAAGACUCUCCGGAUUGUGGUGCAACGAGCGCAAGAUUCUAAGUUCUCUGGUAAGAUGCUGCCUUUACUCUCUGUGGUUAAACACCUUUUUAAUCACAUAUGGGAUGUCUUGAGCGAUGUCCCAAGCUUUCGGUCGGAAUAUGGGGUUAUUCUCCGGCAUCUUUUGACUGUCAAUGAUUAUCGUUUCCACAUGAGGAAGCGUAUAUAUUCUAAUCUCGUUCUUCUCUAUAUGGGUAAGGUGGAAUCAAGCUUAGAUGGCAGAAAUGAUAAUUCAUAUAAUCCUAGGGAGGAGGUCUUUCGCUGCAUUCUAACGCUCCAGUCCCUCUUGGAGAAUCCACCUGGAGAUUUCUUGAAUAAUCUCAGAGAAAACAUUGUUAAGGGGUUUGUAGGGAUUUUCUCUUAUGUUAGGUUUGAAGACAAGCUUUCACGCAAGCUUAUCGAGUGCAUCAAUAAAUACUUGUUGAAAGAUGGUCCCAACUUAGGUCAUCAUUCCAUGGAGAUCCAUGGUGCUGUACAGCAAUUUGUGUUUCGUUGUUGGCUAACAACACACGACCGCGCUCUUAAGGAUGCACUUAUUUUGUAUGCAAGGUUACAAUUAAAUUUGACAAGAGGUGCUACUGAUGGGAAUAUCUUGGUAGAACAACUCCUUGACAUAGUCUGCAAGGAACUAGAUCAAAGCAUUUCAUCUGGUGGUAGUUUGCCCUGGGUUGACGCAUCUAAGGAUGAAAAAUUUGGAGCCUUGAGCAGUUCUCAAUAUGGUCUGGUUGACCUUGCAGCUGCUGUACUUUAUCAGGCUUGUGUUAACACUGCUAAACCUCCGUCAAGUGAAAAGCGGAUGAAAAGAGAGCAUGCUGCUGCACGUUUAAGAGAAGCACUCAUGAAAGGAAAGUGGCUCUGGAAUGCUGCAUUCUGUUGUCUCACUCGUAACUACCAUAUGCGUAUUAGUAAAGACCUCUUCAUCUACUGGUUUGAGGGCAUAUCUGCAAGCUUUGAGAGAAUUAUGAACGAUGCAAAUAUGGGGCACGCUUAUGAUGGUUUGUUAUGGACUCUAAGGAGUUUGCAAGAACUCUCUUCUGUGUUGUUGAUACCAGAUUCACAAGUUGAGAUGUCAUCAAGCUCUUCUGCCCCGAAUGAGUACCACUGUAACUGGCGACUACUAUGGAGCUGUUUGAUGCAUGGCUUACCAAUAUUUAGUAAUGUAACUGCAGUUGUUGAUGCUGCUUUAAUACUCCUUGGUAACAUGAUUUCAAGUGACCUAGACCUUAUGAAUACAUUUGUCGUACCUCAGGAUGUAUGGGACCUGAAUUUGUUCAAACAAGUGCCAUCAAUGUCAGUUUUGUACUUCAUUUCACGCUACUUUUCACUGAAAGGUUCUCAAGGUGAUAUUCGAGACAUUUUAUAUCUUCGGAAAAGCCUUCUGAAAGCAAUUUUGGGUCAUUUUAACUGGCAGGAAUCUUCCAUGUUCAACGAGCACCUGGUAUUGUUGUUGCCUGCAGCUGUUUAUUCUCUUUCUACUGGUUGUGCACCUUUUAAGCAAUGCCACAGUCGACUUCCUCCAUUCUAUGCUUCUCAAGAUGUUAAUGGGGCUAUGAAUGACUGGGUUAAGGCAGAGGAACUUGAGCAAGAUUAUGUGCAUGAACUUUUUGAAUGCUCCAUUGAAGUACUUGUGAAUAUUGAUACAGAGUCCUCUGUUAAGGUUUCUUCAUCCUCAAGCCAUCCAAGUGCACGCCUUCCGCGGCAGUUGAGAGAUCCCCUACUGCUUGAAAUGGAGACUUUUGUUCUUGCAACUCUAGUUGACAAAGAUAUUGAAGCUAGGCCUCUGUCAGACUUGUUGUUUUCAUGCACUCUCUUAUCAAACUUGGUCCAUGGCUCAUACUUUGUGAGGCAAGGAGAGGGAAUUUCACCAUUCCCCUCAAAAGUAGGCCAGCACCUGUUGGAAUUGCUGGAUCGUGCUGUUGAUGUCAUCCAGAGUAACCAAAAUGAUCUUUCAUCUGGUUGCUUUAGCUAUGACUUUUUUGUUGGUGACCGUGCUCUUGUUACUUCCUUUGGGAGUUUUGUCUCUUCUCCUCUAUUUGUUGAACAGAGAGAUCAAAGCUGUACGGAUAUUGCACUAUAUGAUGCAGUUAGACAAUCAACUGAGAGACUUCUAAAAGAACUUGCUAAAGGAUAUGAAAAAUAUUGCAACAGUUCAACAGUUUUUCAGUCCGAAAAGAUGCUGCAAGGCUUAUCCGCAUCUGUUACUCCUGUACAUAGUAUGCCCCCUUUCGAUAGUAGUAAAAGUAGGAUUAUGGACCUGGAGUUAGAUGUGAAUGAUGAUGCUGGAGAUGUUGAUAUUUUAGCUGUUGGUGGGAAACGUUCCAGUGGUAUAUCUUCGUCUGUUGAGAAAUGGAAGUUUAACAUGAUAUCACUUAUUUCGGGAUUUUUCUCUGUUCUACACGUUGUUACAUGGGAUAUUUUGUUUGAACUCAUGGACAAAGAAUGCAAUUCAAAGGUUCGCGAAAGAAUUCUGUACAACCUUUGUCAACAUCCCUAUUGGUCGUCAUCUUCAAAUUUUACCGAUUUGAUCAAUAUUAUGGAUGGCAUGAUUGAGAUUCACUCCAGUCUUAAGCUUGAUUGUAUCAGCACAUUAGCUGCUAUCUGUGCUUUGCUGGAGACUUUAUUAUCCUUGAAAGAUAGUAGGAAAGCUAAACUGGUCUCUUCUUCUUUGGAUAUGAAAUCUGAACAGUGUCUGCAGAGCUUGAUGCAUCUUGGAGAUCUGAUAAAUAAAACUGCUGAACUUGAUCAUCUCGAGUGGUCUGGACGUGUUAAGCUGGUUGACUGCAUAUGUGAUUUUGUUUUACUAAGUCCUCAAAUUGGCCAGACAAUGAUUGAAAGAUUGCUGUUGAUGCUCCGAGAUACUGAUUAUCGUGUGAGGUUGUCUGUGGCUAGACACAUCGGUGUUCUUUUCCAAACGUGGGAAGGACAUGAGGAGUUAUUCGAAGAUAUCUGUUCCAACUUUGGCGUUACAUUGGUUGUUUCCUCAAAAGGCAAAAUUGUCACUGCUAGUGAGGUCUUAGCUUCUGGUCCUCAGCCUUGCCCCACGAUGGAAACGAUUAUUGUUACUCUGAUGCACCUUGCAUUGUACAGUGAGAAAAUAGAACAACAGGCUGUAUUUAUGAUGUGUGUAAUUUCUGCCAUUGAUCCGUCUCAGAGGGAAUUGGUUUUUGUGGUGCUUGAUAAUCUUUCGAGAAAGCUUCAGUAUACAACUAGGUUUAAGUACUUGGAAGAACUCAUAGCAUCUAUUCUCUUUUGUUGGGUUGCUUGUGGUGUAAGCUUAGCUGCACUUGUUGAGAUAAGACAACUCUUUGUAGCAGAUAGUGAACCAAGCUAUUUCAUGCUGUACUGUUGCAAUUGGCUUCUUCCAACUUUGGUUCUGCAUGGUGACAGUUCCAACCUCAGUUGGGUCUCUAAGAUUGCUGGCCAACCUUUGUCAAUUCUGGUCAAAGAUCACUUUGUGCAGAUCUUUUCAAUUUGUAUCGGGUUGCACUGCAGCAAUACAUCUGGUGGGCAUAAGGGAGCUGAUGUACUUCAAAAUUCAAUUUUGCAACUUGCACAGAUAUCUGAGAGUGAACGAGACACACUUAUAAAGAAACAUAUGGUAUCCAUUGUCAGCCAAAUUUUGUCACGUGCUUCUUGUGCUUCUGAACCUGCGGUCCCUUUCUUUUCUCUGGAUACAGUUGAACGAUCAAUUCGAACAGUUGUUGAUGGUUUUCUGGAGAUGGUGGAUUAUCCUACAGGAGCUGGUGUUGUUGACAAGAUUAACAUUUUUCGCCCAGAUAGGGUUUUCAUGUUUAUACUAGAACUUCAUUAUAAAAUUGCUGCGGCAGUCCACCAUAGGCAUAAAUGUCAUCGAUUGGCUGGAAUUGAGGUGCUUGUAGAUAUACUUGGACAUAGAGUUUCUGUUUCAAGCACUUCCAAUUUUAUUUUGAAUUCGAUUGGGCAAUACAUCAGUUGUGAUGCAUUACAAGAUCAAUGCUGUCGUAUCAUUUCUCGAUUGCUAAAAACUUUUAAAAGUAACCCCUCCAAAGAAAUGAUAAGUGUGCUGGGGGAACAAAUUCAGUUUUUGGUAUCAAAGUUGGUGGCUUGUUGCAUUCCCUCUAAAGCUCAUGGAGACCAAUCUGGAACAGGCUCAUCUCAAGUUUUUUCCCUGCUUCUCCAGCUGACUGUUGAUAGUGAUCCAUGUCUUCAUGAUUACAUCAGUGAAUUGGAACCCUUCCCUGAAAUAGAUAUAUUCGAUAAGGUUAGAAGGUUCCAUCAGGAUUUAUGCCGAAAGUACUCUACAAGAGAUCACUUGUUGAAGUUGGUGAAGAGAGCUUGCUACGUUCCACCAAGAUUACUUUUAUCAAGUCUUCAAGCUCUGCACAAAAAGUUACCGUCAGAGGAAAAUUUUCGGAUUGAAAAGGACAAAGACGAUCUCAUUUAUGGAUGUGGUUGGAAUUUUGACAAUGAAAUUGUAAACGCUAUCUGGACAUUAGUACGCAUGUGUGGCUCAGAUGAUGGAAAUACUGCUGGAGCAUUGGUGUCUGAUUUUAUUUUGAGGGUUGGUAUCGGGGACCCAUAUUCUGUUGUCUUCCAUCUUCCUGGAAGCUACGGGAGCCUUGAUGCCUGUAGAACUAAUAAUCGUGACUUGACCCUAGAAGUGAGUUGUCAAAUGGAUACUGGAAUAUCUGAAGGUCUCCUGAUUGCUCUUUUAAAACUUUUGAUGAAGUACCUGAUGGACGAUUCUGUUAAAAUUGUAGAUAUGGCAUCUCAAGCUCUUCGGGCAAUUCUUUCUACCGAAAGGGGUCAAAAAGCUCUGCAGUCAUUUGUUUCGUACAAGAGAUCUCUUGUUGAGGUCCACUCGAAGGGUAUUAAUCUUGAGCUAGUAGAAAAAUUCCUUUCAGAUCUCGAAAGGAAAUAUAAAGCCGAAGCAAUGUCAUUGGACGAUUCAACCCUAUGGGAGGCACAUGGUAAAAAUUUUGAGACAUGGAUUUGUCCGCUUGCCUACGUGCUAUGUGGCUAUUGUAAUGAUGUAAUUCUAAGGUUAUGCCAGGAGGUUGUGUUUUCGAAAGCUGAAGUUGCAGAGCUUCUAUGGCCAAGUAUUUUCGUCAAUCUGGCUGGGAGGGGGAAUAUAGAUAUUAAUCUUCAAUUUUUGAUCUCCUCAAAGGUGCAAGAACAUAUUUUUGCAGAGUCUAAUAGAUUAAUCAAAUCAAUUCAAGUCUUCUUGAAUGCCCUUAAUGAACUUCGGUUGUGUUUUGUCAAGGAAAGAUCUUCUGUACCAUCGAAACAAGAAAUUUCUAAGCCUUCUAGUUAUGGCUCUAAAUCGCGUUCAUCCUCUGGAAAGGCUAGAGAAUCAGCAGAUACACUGAAGGCAAUGCGAAUGUCUACGUCUUUAUGGAACAAGGUGUAUUGGCUUACCAUUGACUAUCUCGUUGUUGCCAAGUCAGCAGUUACUUGUGGAUCAUACUUUACUGCCGUGAUUUACGUGGAGCAUUGGUGUGAAGAGCAUUUCAAAAGUCUCACACUGGGGAGCCCAGAUUUCUCUGACAUUGAAAUGUUGCCACAUCAUAUUGAAAUUCUUAUCUCAGCGGUAACGCAUAUCAAUGAACCUGACAGCUUAUAUGGGAUCAUCCAGUCUCACAAGCUGACCUCUCAAAUAAUUACUUGUGAGCACGAGGGAAACUGGGGCAAGGCUCUUGAAUCUUAUGACUUGCAAGUACGUUCAGCUGCCUUGGUCCAGAGGGAUUAUAGUUCCCAAAAUUCAUUACUGGAACGGACUCGGCCAACAGACAAUUUAGCAAUUUCCGCCCAACAAGAUCAAAUGAGGAAACCUUUUAAAGGUCUUAUUAGAUCCUUGCAACAAAUUGGUUGUAUGCACGUGCUGGAUUUGUAUUGCCAAGGUCUGACUUCAAGGAAGGUUCAUAUUCAGCAUGAUAUGGAGUUUACCGAAUUGCAGUACGAGGCUGCUUGGCGAGCAGGAAACUGGGAUUUUUCCCUACUUUACAUGGGAAAUAAUACUCAAAGUCUCCAAACUAGAAGUGGUCAUUACAAUGAAAAUCUGCACAGCUGUUUGAGGGCGUUGCAAGAAGGCGAUUUUGAUGUAUUUCAUAUAAAACUGAGAGAAUCAAAGCAGGAACUUGUGUCCUCUGUUUCUCAUGCAAGUGAAGAGAGCACUGAACACAUUUACUCAUCAAUUAUCCAACUCCAGAUUCUUUAUCAUCUCGGUAUUGCUUGGGAUCUACGAUGGAGGACAUCUCCAUGUGAGGGAAUAAAAUUCUAUUCAAACAAGCAACAAGAGGUUUCAGGACCUGUAAUUCCGACUGUGGAUCAGUUGUCUUGGCUGAAUAGGGAUUGGACUACUAUCUUGAAAUGAGCGCGCCUACAUAUGAAUUUGUUAGAACCAUUUAUAGCAUUCAGGCGAGUUCUACUUCAAAUCUUAAGUUGUAAAGACUCUACCAUGCAACAUCUUUUGCAAUCUGCAUCUACUCUUCGCAAGGGCUCUAGAUUUUCUCAAGCAGCUGCUUUCUUGCAUGAGCAUAAGCUCCUAAGUGUUGAAUCAGGAGAACAAGGUUCAUCCUUGUAUUGGCUUGGAAGGCUUGAAGAGGCAAAGCUUUUGCGUAGCCAAGGACAACAUGAGAUGGCUAUCAGCCUUGCAAAAUACAUUUCUCAAAAUUAUCAAUCAAAUGAAGAGUCUUCAGAUGCGUACCGCUUGGUCGGGAAGUGGCUGGCAGAAACUAGAUCUAGCAACUCAAGAACUAUUCUUGAGAAGUAUUUAAAACCUGCAGUAUCAUUUGCUGAGAAUGAGAGAACUAUGAACAAGAAGUCCAUCGAAAGGCAGGGUCAAGCUCAUUUUCAUCUUGCACAUUAUGCAGAUGCUCUUUUUAGGAGUUAUGAGGAAAGGCUCACCUCCAGUGAAUGGCAUGCGGCAACACGUUUAAGGAAACACAAGACAAUGGAGUUGGAAGCACUUGUUAAACGGCUAAAAAGUUCAAAGGGGGAUAAGACAGACUAUUCGAUUAAAAUACAAGAAUUGCAAAAGCAACUUGCAAUGGACAAGGAAGAGGCUGAAAAACUGCAGGAUGACAGGGACAACUUUCUCAGCCUAGCAUUGGAGGGAUAUAAACGUUGUUUGGUUGUUAGUGACAAAUAUGAUGUUAAACUGAUGUUUAGAUUAGUUUCCUUGUGGUUCAAUCUAUCUCACAGACAAGAUAUUGUGACUAACAUGCUUGCCACUAGUAAUGAGGUUCAGUCAUUCAAAUUUAUUCCUCUAGUCUACCAAAUUGCUUCACGAAUGGGUAGCUCAAAGGAUAGCCCAGGGCCUCAGAGUUUCCAGUUUGCAUUGGUUUCUCUUUUGAAGAAAAUGGCCAUCGACCAUCCAUAUCAUACAACCUUUCAGCUUCUCGCUCUUGCAAAUGGUGAUCGUAUUAAGGACAAGCAACGGAGUAGAAACUCAUUUGUGGCGGAUAUGGAUAAAAAGCUUGCGGCAGAGAAUCUUUUAGAAGAGCUAUCUGCAUAUCAUGGUCCUACUAUUAGACAGAUGAAACAAAUGGUGGAGAUCUAUAUCAGACUUGCUGAACUAGAGACAAGAAGAGAGGAUACCAAUAAAAGAGUUAUGCUACCCAGAGAUCUACGUAAUCUUCGACCGUUGGAACUUGUGCCUGUAGUCACAGCUACCUUUCCAGUUGACCGCAGUUGUCAAUAUCAUGAUGGCUCUUUCCCAUACUUUAAAGGAUUGGGAGAUUCAGUUUUAGUAAUGAAUGGUAUAAACGCUCCAAAGGUCGUUGAAUGCUUGGGUUCUGAUGGACACACAUACAAGCAACUGGCAAAAUCUGGAAAUGACGACCUAAGGCAAGAUGCUGUAAUGGAACAAUUUUUUGGUUUAGUCAACACCUUUUUACAAAACCAUAGGGAUACGCGGAAGAGAAGAUUAGGCGUACGGACGUACAAGGUUGUUCCUUUUACUCCGAGUGCUGGUGUUCUUGAAUGGGUCAAUGGAACUCUUCCUCUUAGCGAUUACCUUAUAGGGAGCCUGAGGAAUGGAGGGGCCCAUGGUCGAUAUGGAACAGGGGACUGGUCAUUUCUCAGAUGCCGGGAACACAUGGCAAAUGCAAAAGACAAGCGCAAGGCUUUUCAUCAAGUUUGUCAGAAAUUCAGGCCUGUCAUGCAUCACUUUUUCUUGGAGAGGUUUUUACAACCAGCCGACUGGUUUGAAAAGAGGCUUGCAUACACACGAAACGUGGCAGCUAGUUCAAUGGUUGGUUAUAUUGUUGGACUUGGAGAUCGGCAUUCUAUGAAUAUCUUAAUUGAUCAAGCCACGGCAGAAGUUGUUCACAUAGAUCUUGGUGUUGCCUUUGAACAAGGCUUGAUGCUCAAGACACCAGAGCGGGUUCCGUUCAGGCUUACAAGAGAUAUCAUUGAUGGCAUGGGUGUUACCGGAGUGGAAGGAGUUUUCAGAAGAUGUUGCGAGGAAACACUCUCUGUCAUGAGGACAAAUAAGGAAGCACUUCUCACCAUUGUUGAAGUUUUUAUACAUGAUCCGUUGUACAAGUGGGCUUUAUCUCCUCUGAAGGCUUUGCAGCGUCAAAAGGAAACGGAUGAUGAUCCCGAGACAAGCUUGGAAGACUCGCAAGACGAUUAUGAAGGGAACAAGGACGCGGCACGCGCGCUAAUGCGAGUCAAACAGAAACUGGAUGGCUAUGAAGAAGGUGAAAUGCGAAGCGUGCAUGGCCAGGUGCAACAACUAAUACAAGAUGCUAUUGAUCCUGAGCGCCUCUGUCAAAUGUUUCCUGGAUGGGGUGCCUGGUUGUGAACCGUGAUGGAUUUGUAUAUUCUCUCAUCAUAUCUCAGCCCCAGAAGCACCAGUUUUGUACUGUACAUGCGGCCUUUUCAUUUUGUUCAAUUUCUUUUUUUUGCCCUUUUAUAAUCCGAGCCUCUGCAUUUGGUGGUGCUGGUACGUGUAUUAUUGAUUUUCAUUCCCAUCCCGGCUUCCUCCAUUGGAAUUUUUGUGUAGAAAAUU